ACCAGGAAGUAACUUGUCAUUUCAGAGAAAACAAAACGGAUCUCUCUCUCUCUCUCUCUCUCUCGUUGUGAGUUCAGGAAAAUGGCCGAGGCCAGUAUUUCAGUAGCUCAGGACCAGUUCAUGUGUCCAGUGUGUCUGGAUCUCCUGAAGGAUCCGGUGACUAUCUCCUGUGGUCAUAGUUUCUGUAAGGUGUGUAUUAAUGGCUGCUGGGAUCAGGAGGAUCAGAAGGGCGUCUACAGCUGUCCUCAGUGCAGAGACACUUUCACGACAAGGCCUGUUCUACGCAGAAACAACAUGCUGGAUGAAGUGGUGGAGAAACUGAAGAAGACUGAAGUCCAAGCUGCUUCUCCUGCUCACUGUUACGCUGGACCUGGAGAUGUGGAGUGUGAUUUCUGCACCGGGAGAAAACACAAAGCCGUCAAGUCCUGUCUGAUUUGUUUGGCUUCUUAUUGUGAAACUCAUCUGAAACCUCAUCUUGAAGUUCCUGUUUUGAAAAAACACACAUUAAUUGAAGCCUCAGCAAAACUCCAAGAGAAGAUCUGCUCUGAACAUGAUGAAGUGCUGAAAAUCUACUGUCGUACUGAUCAAAUAUGUAUUUGCUCUUUGUGCAUGUUGGAGAAACAUAAAGACCAUGACGCUGUUUCAGUCGCAGCAGAAAGAGCUGAGAAACAGAGUGAGUUAAAGGAGGAGCAGAUGAAAUCCCAGCAGAGAAUCCAGGAGAAGCAGAAGAAGGUGCAGGAGCUGAAACAGGCUGUGAACACUAUAAAGCUCAGUGCACAGACAGCAGUGGAGGACAGUGAGAGGAUCUUUACUGAGCUGAUCAGCUCCAUGGAGAAAAAGCGCUGGGAGGUGACGGAGCUGAUCAGAGAUCAGGAGAAGGCUGAACUGAGUCGAGCUGAACGACUCCUGGAGCAACUGGAGCAGGAGAUUGCUGAUCUUCAGAGGAGAGUCACUGAGCUGGAGCAGCUUUCACACACACACGAUCACAUCCAUUUCCUCCAGGUUUUAGCUUCUGGACGUCGCUCUCCUCAAUUACCCAGACCAAAUUUUCACACAUCCAGCGUCACAGUCCAUCAACAUCUCUCAUUUGAUGGAGUGAGGAAUUCUCUCUCAGAUCUGAAAAAGAGACUCGAGGAAUUCUGUGAGGAGGAAUUCAACAAAAUCCCUCCACAUGCUGCAGCAGUUCAGAUCAUUUCAGGACCAGAACCACAGAGCAGAGAAGACUUUCUGAAAUAUUUCUGUCAUCUGACUCUGGAUCCCAACACGGCACAUCGUCGCCUCAUUCUGUCUGAGAAGAACAGAGCGGUGAGAGUCAGUGGGAGAGAGCAGCGUUACUCUGAUCAUCCAGAGAGAUUUGAUUCCUGCAGGCAGGUGUUGUGUAAGGAGAGUGUGUGUGGACGCUGUUACUGGGAGGUGGAGUGGAGCGGUGCUGAUGUGUUCAUAUCAGUCUCAUAUAAAGACAUCAGCAGGAAAGGAGAGGGUGAUGAGUGUCUGUUUGGAUUCAACAAUCAGUCCUGGAGUCUGUACUGUUCUUCUUCUUCUCUCUCUUUCUAUCACAACAACAUUAUGACUGAUCUCAGAGUUCCAUCAGCCUCCAGAAUAGGAGUGUAUGUGGAUCACAGUGCAGGAACUCUGUCCUUCUACAGCGUCUCUGACACGAUGAAGCUCCUCCACAGAGUCCACACCACAUUCACUCAGACUCUAUACGCUGGGUUUGGGGUUUAUGGUUCUACAGUGAGAUUGUGUGAUCCAGAAUAAAAGUGUGUCGUGUUUUCUGUAAAAUUCCUGCAUGUUGCCACGUUGUUGCUCAGUCGUCUGUUUCACUAGAACACAAUCCAGCUGCACAAAAACACUCAUUUUAAUAUUUAAAUUAAAACAGAUGAAUAAUUUAAAAUAAUUAAAAAGGAAAUGUUAAAAAUUAACUGUCAGACAAGAAACUCGUCAAAUUUAAAAAGAAAAUGAUCUCAUGACCUUCGCAUUAUAAAGUUGUGUUUGUUUCAUAUUAUUCCACAAGGUUAAGUACGCUCGCAUUUGUGGACAUAAAAUAAUUUUGGUGAAAUUGGGCAGCCUUGUCUGAGCCCACGUAACAUCUUAAAUUUUGGUGUCAUUAAAGGGUUAAGGGAGAUAUAACUAUAAAUCACACACAUCACAUUAUCUCUAGCCGCUUUAUCCUUCUACAGGGUCGCAGGCAAGCUGGAGCCUAUCCCAGCUGACUACGGGCGAAAGGCGGGGUACACCCUGGACAAGUCGCCAGGUCAUCACAGGGCUGACACAUAGACACAGACAACCAUUCACACUCACAUUCACGCCUACGGUCAAUUUAGAGUCACCAGUUAACCUAACCUGCAUGUCUUUGGACUGUGGGGGAAACCGGAGCACCCGGAGGAAACCCACGCGGACACGGGGAGAACAUGCAAACUCCGCACAGAAAGGCCCUCGCCGGCCCCGGGGCUCGAACCCAGGACCUUCUUGCUGUGAGGCAACAGCGCUAACCACUACACCACCGUGCCGCCAUAACUAUAAAUAUCAUUGCGAAAUAUUUUAAUAACCUUGCAGAGCCCAUUUCCAAAUCCAAGAGUUUUGAGUUAUAUAAACAAAAUCAUGCUCCACAGUGUCGAAUGCUUUGAAAAAGUCUAGAAAUAAAACGAGACUGAUUGAUUACCAAUCAAUUAUUCAAUCACAUCCAGAAUCAGUCGGACGUGGUUUUGAAUAUAUUUUCCCUUCAUGAAGGCUGAUUGAUAUUCGUCUACAAGUUUUACAAGUCCACGCUUUAGACGAUUAGCAGAUACUAAGGCAAGUAAUUUAUAAUCAUUGCAUAGUAAGGUUAUAGGUCUCCAAUUGUCUAGCACCAAGAAGUCUUUUUUGGGUUUGGGUAGCAAGGUUAUUAAGCCUGUCUUCAUAGUCAGGGAUAAACAUUCUUUGUGAAUGCAUUCUAAAAAUGCUCUAUAUAAUUUUUUUUUUAGAUAUCCACCCAAAAGUAUUUUAAAAAUUCAGAUGUUAAGCCAUCGAUUCCUGGUGACUUACCAUUUUUCAUUUGUUUUAAUGCAAUUUCAAUUUCUGUUAUAGUUCGUUCCUCAUCAAGUGUAUGUUUGUCUUCAUCCAGUUUUUUGAUGUCAUCAUUGAUGGGAUAAAAUAAGACAUCACAUUCUGAUUUAUUAAAUUUAAGUGACAAUAAAUGA